AUGCCGCUCAGAAAAUCAUCGGUCAUUGACAUCGCACCACCUUCUGAAUACAAAUCAUCUCAAAAAUCCCAUCAUUCACAAACUCCAAGUUACAGUUCAAAUUGUAGCACAUCCUCGAAUGUAUUCUCGAGAUCUUUGAGUUCCUCAAGCACUUCGGAUUCUUCGUUUGAUUCGAAAAGAUUGGAAAUAAUGAAAACACAAACGAUAGAAUGGUCAUAUGAACCCGCAUCACAUUCAGAUACGGAGAAAAGUCUACACAGCUCGAAUACGUAUCAUACAUGGGAAACGCAAGGCCCAAAAAAGGAUCAUGUCAGAAAUUCUGAAAUGGGGAAACUCUCAUCAAAGAAGCAAAGAUGGACUAAGGACUAG